AUGAUUCCAUUUUUCAAAAUUGGAAUUGUUUUAAUAAGACAAGUAAGCAAGCCCAUAUCAGGUUAUAUAAAAAAAAAAGCUAUAGAAAAUAAAAAAUUUAAAAGUAUAUGUAUAUAUUGUGGCAAGAAAUAUUACUUCUUUGAACAAUAUAUACAGAAAAAAUUUUACAAUUCAAAUGCAACAAAUGUUAACUACAGCUCAUAUAUAAGUGAAAACAAAUCAGUUAAUGUAGGAAGUGAAAUACUUGGAGAAACCAUUAUCUUCUUAGUAGCAGCAUUAAUUAUUAUAGCUGAAUACAAAAGGAAUAGCUUAAAAGAAGCCAAAAAAGAAAUGAUACUAAACCAUAAAUUAGAAACGUUAAAACUACAAGUCAUGGAAUUACAAAAAGAAAAUGAUGAAAUUAUGAAAAUAGUUUUACCAAAUAAAAAAAAUGUUAGAGAUAGUAGAACAUUCGAUGUUAAUCAUUCAAAUUUUUUUAAAGAUAUUUACAACCGAAUUUUCACCAAAUCUAAUGAUAAUACAACAUAUGAAGAUGAUGGGGGGGAAUAA